CUAGAGUCUAGCGAAGCAGCUCGCCAAGAAAUACCGGCAGCCAUCAGCACUCAUGUGCUCUACAUCCUCGUAUUUCACAAGCUGCAGCCCAUCACAGAGCUCGAUGGCGAAGACCUUUUCAACGUGUGGCAUCAAUGCAUCUUGUAUGACAUAUUACAAGUCUGAAGGCGCCCUGAUGGGUAUUUUUUACAGCUAUGAUCUAUCAUCGCUGUCGACUCCGGCGGGCCCUGGGGGCAACGAACGCAUGGGCACAAUACCGUUCAUGGCGCUCGACCUCCUAUCCAACACGUGGGGUCAACGAAGCCAAGUGAAACAUUUGUAUCGCCAUGAUCUGGAGUCGUUCAUG